AUGGCGACGGUGCGGGCGUAUGAGGACAUCGAGGCGCGUCGCGGCCGGGAUGGUGGCGAUGUCCGGGACGUGCGCUGCUGCCGGGACGUGCGCUCCUGGGCGGAAGUCUGCGCGGCGCGGCUCGCGAGAGGGAGUUCAAGAUAUUGGCUCGCGAUUCGGCUGCGCUGGCACAACGGACAGGGUCACUCCUUUUUUCGACUCUCUCCGCCCCGCUUGCAACGCGACAACGGCUUCAUCAUCUUCAUCAUCCUCGACAUCCAUCGCCGGAAGCGGCUCAAGGAGAAGGCAAGGAAGGGGCGUCGCGCUGCAGAGGCGGCGGGCGAGCCGGAGGUGGCACCAUCGCCGGCGCCGCCGCCGGUGUUCAAGACGCUCAGGGAGAAGAAGUCGGCUCAGGCGUCGGCGGAGGGCUGGGCGGCGGAGGUGGCGAGGGCCGAGGAGCUCUACGAGGAGCUGCGCGAGCGCGCGCCCCAGCACUGCCGCCGUGGCGGCAAGUGGGCGCGCGAGAAGUUCGUGAUGGCGGUGCAGGGAGAGUUCCCGCGCGCGCGAGGGGCAGGCGUUCCCAAGGGGACGAUCCUGUGCCUCGGCAGGGUGCUCGACGCGCACGACGAGCAGGACGACGCGGAGGGUGGGCGCCGGGAUUGGGAGGAGGACCCGCUCGGGUUCGACACCAACCCGGGGCUGCUCCGCGCCAUGUGCAUGGCGUUCGAGUGA